AUGUCCAGUGCUAAUAAAACAGACCGUCAGACGGCCCUGGAGAACCCAGACAUUACUGGCGGGGCGUGCGAAUGGAUUCUGGUCAUCCUCUCCUCCCUGCUGAUCAUCAUCACACUGCCCGUUUCCAUCUGGUUGUGCAUCAAGACUGUCAAGGAGUAUGAGAGGGCCAUCAUAUUUCGGCUUGGGCGGAUUCUGCGGGGAGGAGCUAGAGGACCAGGCCUGUUCUUUGUCCUUCCCUGCACUGACAGCGUUAUCAAUGUCGACAUGCGCACCAUCACCUUUGACAUCCCACCACAGGAGGUGCUGACGAAGGACUCAGUCACAGUUAGCGUAGAUGGGGUGGUGUACUACCGGGUGCAGAACCCCAUUCUGGCGGUCGCCAACAUCACCAACGCUGAUGGAGCCACGCGACUGCUGGCCGGCACCACCCUCCGCAACGUGCUGGGAACCAAAAACCUGUCGGAGCUCCUUUCGGACCGUGAGGAGAUCGCCAAGAGCAUGGAGUCCACCUUGGAUGAAGCCUCGGAUGAUUGGGGUAUCAAGGUGGAGCGGGUGGAAAUCAAGGAUGUAAAGCUUCCCCUGCAGCUUCAGAAAGCCAUGGCAGCCGAGGCAGAGGCCACACGCGAGGCACGAGCAAAGGUGAUAACAGCCUAUGGUGAGAUGAACGCCUCCCGGGCCCUGAAGGAGGCCUCCAGGGAGAUCUCUCAGUCACCUUCCGCCCUGCAGCUACGCUACCUGCAGACCCUCAAUACCAUCGCCGCAGAGAAGAACUCCACCAUCAUCUUCCCCCUGCCCAUCGACUUGAUGCAGGGCUUCAUGAGGACUUCAGCCUCCUCAAGCCCUGAGGUUAUUGAAUGA